AUGCCGCCCGCGCCCGCCCCCACCGACGACUCCAGCGCCUUCGCCAUCAUCAACCAUGCGGAGAGCGUGCCCAGCAAGGCACAGGCCGCGCCCGACCCCGCGCCGCCGCCGCGGAACGUGAACGUGGUGAAGCCGAUGCAGGUAGCGGCGCCACCUGCCUCGCACACGAUCCUCGACCCCAAGUUCUCACGCGCGUUGGAUUUCAAACUCCGGCGGCUGAAAGAGAAGGAAAUCCUGCAAGCCAACCUGCGACGCCCGACUCGAUACCGUUCCAAAAACGGAAUACUGGCAGCGUCCAAUCCUAAUGUCAGCUCGAGAGAACAAUCACUGCCCAAAAUUCUUAGUCAGUCGCAUCCACGUAUUGACAUUAUUGAGCAAGAGGUUGAAAAAAAAAUAUCCCCUAAAAUGGAUAAGUCGCCGUCACCCGGGCGCAAGCUCCGGUCCAGGAACGCACAAUCUAAUGAUGGGGACAAGCCUCGGUUUGUAACAACUGUGAAAACUGGUCAAUUUUUGCUACCGCCGCCCGAGGUAGCGCGGAUCUUGGGCCUAGAAACCUUGUACCCGCCGAAAGAAAGGGACAAGAUUGUAUACUCGUACGCUAGCAAGCCGAAAGCCGUCGCCUCGAGAUGUAAACGAUCAGUCCAAGAGAAGAAGGAGAACAUUAUCCCCAACGGGAGUGUGGAGGACGAAGCACGCCGCGCGCGCGCCAGUCAGCUGUUCGGGGGCGUCCGCGCGCUGCUGGCUGGCGUGGCAGGCGUGCGCCAUCUCCUGCAGCCCGCCGGGCCCUGCUCCACGUACGUGCUCGUCUGCUUGCCUCCAUGUGCACUGUGCACACGUGCCUAUGCAUGUUGUGCUCUAGUGGCCUGUGCUGCACAGCCACCACUUUAUCGACCCUUUAACUUUAAAAACGUUGUUCGCAUUAAUGACAUGAAUUCGUCAGGACUGCUGUUAUUUGUAUUCGCCAAUAGCCCCUUGCGCGGCAGUGUGGGCGCGGGCCAGUACGCCAACGUGAUGCACGAGAAGCGCGUGGUCCGCGGCAGCACCAUCACCUCGCACCCGCUCGCCGCGGAGGCAAACGAGCAGACGGAUCACCUGAUGUGGAAUUCCUUGCCGGAGUCGGUGUUUGCUGAUAGCUACAAUCCGGGUAUCUUUAAGUCGAGAGUGAAUAGGUUACUUCUAGGUAAGCGCGCUCCAUCGUCGACCGCAUCGUCGCUUUCCAUCAGAAGACAUCGGUACAGUCAGCAAACGCUACGCACGGGACUAUGGGGCACGGACAUGUACGUAGCUAAGUAUAAUGUAAUGUUGCAGCUGUUCGACAAGGGCGUGGAGAUGGAGGUGGGCGUGCAGACGGACUUGUUCGUGGACCGGCCCGCCACGCCCGUGUACGUGCCUGCCAAGACUGGCGCCGACGCCUUCACGCAGAUAUACCCCGGAGACUUGUUUGACUUCGACCUGGAAGUGCAACCCAUCCUGGAGGUGCUCGUGGGCAAGACGACGGAGCAGGCGCUGGCGGAGGUAGCGCAGGAGGAGGAGCUGGCCACCCUGCGCGAGCAGCAGCGCCGCUACUGCGAGCUGCGGGACGCCGAGCUGGCGGAGCGACAGCGCCUCGCCGCGCACGACCUGCGCCUGCACCGGGAGAAGGAGCGGCGCGUGGCGGAGGCGCGCGUGGCGCAGCUGGCGGCGACGGAGGCGCGCGAGCGGGCCGCGGCCGCCGUGCUGGUGCAGGGCUACGUGGCCGAGCUACUGCCCGCCGUGCUGGCCGGCCUGCGCGACCAGGGCUACCUCAUGGAGAGGAUCGAACGCGGUAUCGAUGAGGAGUUCAUGCCGUGGCUUGUCGACGAAGUGUCGAAAGAAAUCGAGUCCAUCAUCACGAGCCGGGACGUCAUCACAGAGAUCGUGCGCGACGUGGUGGAGGCGCGCGCGGAGCUGUACCGCGCGGCGGGCGAGCGCGCGGCCGAGCGGGCCGAGCCCGCCGAGUCCAUGACGCCGCCGUCGCAGGCCGAGCCGGCGCCGCCCGAGGAGGAGCGCGUGCACCUGUUAUUGGUGAUCGCCGGGCGCCGCGAUGCGGUCACAGAGUCGCUGCCGGCCGUCACGGUGCUCUCGUCUGUGGCGCUGACAGUACGGACGUUUCUCGUUGGUAGUUGUAGUUGAGUAGGUACAGGCGAGACGCGACGCUGACUCCAUCGUCUACAUACAUACUUAUUAUACAUAGUAUAUACCUAGACGCUACAUCCACACAUCGAUGUGAGGUCCGCCAUCCGGUCGUCACUAGCGCCGGUGCACGGUGACUGAACCAACACAGAACGCAUACAGCUAGAUGCACUGUAUGUAUGAGUGGGUUUGAUACCUACCGUGUAGCUGCGAAGACGGGUCAGCAAUAUGUAAAAUACUGUAUACAUUGUUUCAAAACAACAUCAAAGGCUCCGCAGUGACUAUAUAAUGUGCAUAGAUUGUACAAAACGCAUUCUAAUACAU